AUGCUAGCUGAGGUAGAGGAACGCGAUCAGUUACGGAUCAAGGGUUCACAUAAGCAGCCUUGCAAAGACAAUCCAUCAUCUUUUGGGAGUCAGUGGAAGAAAGAUAAGGGUGUGAUCUGUCACCAUUGUCAGCAGCCAGGGCACAUCAAGCCUUGCUGCCCACAGCUUCGACCACAGGGCAGUCAGACAUCAGUUUAUACGAAAAUAGGGCAGGGAGCUUGUUUCUAUUGUAGGAAACUAGGUCAUCUUAAGAAGGAUUGUCUAAAGUUGUUGAAUAAGUCACAUAGUAGCACAGAUUCACAGAUGGUACUGUCAGAUUAUUAUGGCAGUUCAGAGAAGGGUUCAGGGGCUCAGGGACAAGCCUACGCUCUUCGACAGACGGAUGCUUCCGUAGGGACCUCUUCAGUUCGAGAAGUCACACUUCAGGACAGUUUUCUCUGUGUUGACACACCAGCUGGGGGUCCAGUAUCUUUGGAUUGUGUUUGUCAGUGUUAUGCUAUUGAGAUAGCUGGGCGGACCUUAGAGUUCGAUUUCGUUAUUCUUGACAUGACGUGCUUUGACAUCAUUCUCGGGAUGGAUUGGUUGUCAUUCUUUCAGGCUAUGAUUGAUUGCUUCUGCAGGAGGGUGUCCAUUUGUACUCCCAAGGGAGACUGUUUCCAUUUUGUGAGAUCAGAAUUUGUGGUGGUGUUCAUUGACGAUAUUCUCAUGUACUCAGCUUCAGUGGAGGAGCAUGAGUAUCAUUUGAGAACAGUUUUGUAG